AUGCCUCUUUGGCAGAUCUACCAUCCCGCAGGGAUUUUCGAGGACGUGGCUUCCAAAGAAGCAUUCGCCAAAGACAUCACCCAGAUGUAUACUGAACUCGGUUUACCGGCUUUCUACGUCGUUGCGAACUUUAUUCCAGUCCCAAAGGGCGAAAUCUUCGUUGGAGGGAAGAUUCCCACCGAGCGACCCUUCAUCCGUCUGGUCAUCAACCAUGUCGCGAUACAUGCACCGAAUGAGGACGCCGCGUACCGAGGCACUACCUCUCGGAUCGACAAGAUUCUGAAGCCUCACGUCGCGGAAAAGGGGUAUGAUUGGGAAUACCAUGUUGACGAGACGGAGCGGAGACUGUGGAAGCUGAAUGGGUUGAUCCCGCCGCCGUGGAAGAGUGAGCAGGAGCAGAUUUGGGUCAAGGAGAACCGCGCUGUUCCUUAUGAUGGGGGUUACUAG